UAUGACCUUUCCGUUUGGUAAGUAACUUUACACCUUUUGCUCUCAGGCUCCGGCAGCCUCGAGGCUGCAGUUCGCAUCCAUGGCUGCAGAAGAAAUUUUUGAGCUCUUGGAUUCUUACUGGUUUGAACAUGGAAUCUUCUCCAAGAAGCCACUUUCACCUCUUCGCCAAAUAAACCCAGUUCUUGAUAUUCAGAAUCAACCUCAAGAACCAAUUUGUUCACGCUUACCAACUCUCCAUAUCAGAUCUCUCAGUGACCAGGCUUUGAGCUCCAAAACGAGUUUGUUCUCUGAUUCUUUCUCUCCAGACUCCACACUUUGGACGCCGAAACUCGAAACUAUACUCUCUGGCAAACAAGUAUUGAACUCUUCAAGUGAAGAUGUUCAACAGGAAGAGAACCUAGAUACAGUUGUGAAGCCAAAAGUAGUGAGUGAAAUAAGAAAAAGGAGAAAGAAGGAAAACUGUAAGAGUUUAUCAGCCCUUGAGUUUGAGGAGCUGAAAGGGUUUAUGGAUCUGGGUUUUGUAUUCUCUGAGGAAGAUAAGGAUUCGAGUUUGGUCUCUAUACUUCCAGGGUUGCAAAGAUUGAGAAAACUCAGUGGAGAAAAUGAAAUUACUCAUCAAGAAGAAUGGAGUAACAAAACUAUUGUGUCAAGGCCUUAUUUAUCUGAAGCUUGGGAUGCUUUGGAUUAUCAAAGAAAGAUAGAGAAUCCAUUGAUGAAUUGGAGAAUUCCAUCUCUUAGAAAUGAAGUCAACAUGAAAGAUCAUCUCAAGUUCUGGGCUCACACUGUUGCAUCAACAGUAAGAUAACAAUGAGUAACAAGUUUUGUUUUUCAUUUUCAUUUCUAUUUUGGUUAUGGUAAUUCUGGGUUGCUUUUGUGACUUGUAAUGUUUUUUAUUUGAUAAAUUCUGCGGCUUUCUCUGCAUUGCAGCAUUUGUAAAUGUAAAUAAUGAAACAAUUAUCUCGCCAAAUUUUGGCCUAAUUUGGCAAUAUCUAAAGACAGUUUCUCUC